UCCUCCUAAAUUUGGUCUUAAAAAAAAAAAACAAAAACAAUUUCUCUCUUUAGAGAGAGAAAGAAGGAGUCGUCAAAAAUGGCAACCUUGAAAUGGUUUGUUCACUCAGCGUGCCAUGUUUUGGGGUACCCAACUAAAGAAGGAGCCAAUAUUAAUGGAGACGCGAAGAACAGCUUAAAGGUACCUAACGGUACUAACAACGUAGGAUUAAUGUCCGAAAAUUCAGAGGUCAUGGAGUUCCAAAUGCCUCUUCAUUAUCCACGUUACGCCAAGACGGAUUAUGAGAAGAUGGAGGAGUGGAGGCUGGACCUGCUUCUCAAGCAAUACGGGCUCAGUUUCAAGGGCUCUCUUGAUGAGAAGAGGGAAUAUGCAAAAGGCGCUUUCUUGUGGCCUGAUCAAUACUAAUUAUAUACUAAUCACCUCUUUUUUGCAUGAGACGUGCUUAAGAUAUAUAUAUAUAUAUAUUAUGUUUUACUAUAUUAUAUCUCUCUAUGUCUAGAUCUCGUGAAGGGCUUCCUGUAAGAUUUCUGAAAAGUACGUGUGUACUUUUAUGAGGAAGGAGAGAAGCUAAAAUAAGUGUUAAAGUGUACGUAACAGAUCAGUGCAUGUAAAUUAGCGGUGUUCUGAAUGUUGUACGUUUUACGGGAAUGUGUGCCUUUUUCUUCCCCCGUGGAUUAUGUAACUUUUUGCGGUGAACGGUGAUCGUA